AUGCCGCCAAAACUGGCGGCUAAGCGAUUUGACAUGCCACACUUAACAGUGGCAUGGCAGAGCUGGGAGUCAGUUGCCGUUGAUCUUUCGAACGUCCCAAAAGAAGCGAAUACUUUCGUGCUCUGGGAUGCUUUCCGCCGAGAGGGGUCGAUCUCAUCGAUUGACAUUUUUGAGGAUUCCCAUGGCCGCCAGGGCACAAGGGGGCGGGUUCGUUUUAGGCCCCCGCCCAAGGUAGACUUCUGGAGCCAUGGGCCGUACAUGGUCAGACUGCCUAGUGGUCACAUUGGGAUGAUCGCGCUUGCGCUCAACGUGAGGGCGCUCAACGCUUUUGUCCCCAGCCCCGUCUGCAAGGGUAUCACCUACCCCGCGGAGCUGGAGCUCCAUGUUGCGAGGCUUGAUAUCGGCGUGCUGAUCGGCGAGACUACUCCAUCGUGGAUGCGCACAUUUGGUGAAGCACAGGGGCUCAGACUCCUUGUGAAUCCGAGACGGCGAGACCUCCAAAUCUUUUUCAAAGUCUCCAUUCGGAAUACACGCCCGGGUAUUAAAGGGACAAUCAUUGUUGACGAAGUUCACGACUUCCGCAUCAAGCUCGCAUUCCUCCAGCUGUCUACAAUCCACGAGCUUUGUGAGUCUGACACUCAACAGAUCGCCUUCCUGACAAUCCUCAACAGUCCUCCCAUCUAUCAUCGGCAGCUCAAAGACUUUCGGCCCACGUUCAUCGGUGAGACCAGCUGGAAGGAGGCUGACACCUGGUACCGUCAGACUGCGGUGGUGCACAAUCCUUACGGUCGAACUUCUGUUCCUACAAACCUGCGGAGAUCGGGGCAGUUGAUUGACAUUGGUCGCUGGAACGUUUUCAAGAUCACGUAUGCCUUUGACGUUGACAAGGAAGGUCAGCUUCUUACUGCUCGUGAGAUCUUGAAAGACUACAAUGUCUCCAUAGUGAAGGGUCACCAGUUUACUGAAAGCACUAAGCGACCUGUGUCAGUCUGGCAGUGGAUUGAUCACCCUGAGUCUCAGCCCACUGGGGUGUUCUCAGACAUGUUGCAGGCUCUGACCGACCAAACCUACGUCCACCUUCCCUUUCCCGUGCGGUACCAGCUCGAGGUUUGUUUAUCAAAUAGAAAUCUCAAUGAGUAUACCAUGACUCAAGAUUUCGUUGUGAAGCUGGCAAACCUCGAGGAGUCUGCAGCUAAGAGCCUCCUAGAGCAUGUCGCAACACAGAAGACCACCUACUACAAUCCGAUGGAGAUCUUCAGCCUGCGCUUCAAGGGAAAGACUGAUUCGAAGAUAGCUGCCUACUGCUGCUAUAUGCGCACUGCCAGAGUGACGCCGAGCACCAUCUACUACAACACCCCCACUGUGGAUAUUUCAAACAGAGUGGUUCGUCACUACAUUGAGCAUGCGGAUCGAUUCCUGCGUAUCCGUUUCACAGAUGAGAAGACAGAAGGCCGCAUCAACUCAACCGUGUUCGAUAAUAAUGAUGAAAUCUUCACUCGCGUCAAGAGGACUAUGUCCCAGGGCAUCAAAAUCGGUGAUCGCCAUUAUGAGUUCUUGGCAUUUGGCAACUCUCAAUUUCGUGAACAUGGGGCUUACUUCUUUGCCCCCUUAUCUGACUUGACGGCAGCCACCAUUCGAGCUUGGAUGGGCGAGUUCCACGCCAUCAGAAACAUUGCCAAGUAUGCUGCCAGACUCGGACAAUGCUUUUCCACCACCCGACCAAUUUCGGGGUGCCCUGUGACGGUUCGAAAAUGUCAGGAUAUAGUCCGUCAUGGAUACAACUUCUCAGAUGGAGUUGGCAAAAUAUCCAAGUUCCUUGCACAGAUGAUAAUGACAGAACUGAAAAUCAAAACACCAUCAGGCGAUCCACCUUCUGCAUUUCAAUUCCGUCUCGGUGGAUCCAAGGGAAUGCUUGCCAUUUCUUCUGAUGCUUUACCCCAUGAAGUGCAUAUUCGGCCUAGUCAGUACAAAUUUGAUACGGGUCAUGGCGGGCUUGAGAUUAUUCGAUUUUCUCAACUCUCUACCGCAACGCUCAACCGGCAACUGAUCCUGGUACUUUCGGCUCUUGGGGUUCCUGACAGUGCGUUCCAUGCUAGGCAAGAUGCCAUGGUGGAGAGUUUCAGUAAUGCCCUGAACAACGAUGUUUCUACUGUUUCUUUGCUCCAGAAGUACAUUGAUCCCAAUCAAACUACUCUCACCUUGGCACAGAUGGUUUCCGAUGGCUUUAAAAAGGCCCGAGACCCCUUCAUUUCAUCGCUUCUGGUAUUGUGGAAAGCAUGGCAUUUGAAAUCUCUUAAGGAGAAGGCCAAGAUUGUCAUUGAUCGGGGAGCGAACCUGCUCGGCAUAAUGGAUGAAACUGCAUGUUUGAGAGGCUAUUAUGACAAGUCUUUGCCUGCAGAGUCUGCUCCUUACGGUGAGAAAGUGACAGCACUCCCUGAGAUCUUUGUCCAGAUCUGCCCACCAGAUGGCGCUCCCCAGAUUAUCACAGGCAUUUGCCUCUUGGCUCGGAACCCCUCACUUCACCCUGGUGAUAUUCGGCUUGUCCUAGCUGUGGACAAAUCUGAACUACAUGAGUUCCGUGACGUAGUUAUACUACCGCAGACUGGCGACCGGGAUGUUGCAAGCAUGUGCUCUGGAGGGGAUCUCGAUGGAGAUGACUACCUUGUAAUCUGGGAUCCGGAUAUGAUGCCGGAGACAUGGUUUACUCCACCCAUGGACUACACGCGUCGCCGGGCCCCUGAUCUGGACCACGACGUUACGGUUGACGAGGUCACGUCUUUCUUCGUCACUUACAUGAAGCAUGACUACCUUCCUAUGAUUGCGCAUGCCCACAUGGCCUGGGCUGAUCAGCUCGAUGACGGUGUGUGUGAAGAGAAAUGCCUCCAGCUCGCUCAGCUUCACUCAGACGCAGUCGACUACAACAAGAGCGGCAGGCCUGCCCAUAUGACGCGCGAUCUUAGUCCCCGUAUGUGGCCACAUUUCAUGGAGAAGAGGUUCAAGCGGAAGGAGCAGAUUUAUCACUCGAAGAAGAUCCUCGGUCAACUCUAUGAUAAAGUCAAGCUCGUUCAGUUCGUUCCCAGUCUCGAAAUGCCCUUUGACUCUCGCAUUCUGAAAUGUUCCCUGGUUCCCUUCAGUGAGCAGUUCAUGGAAUAUGCCAGAGAUCUCAAAGAGGGUUACGACUCGGCCAUGCGCAGGAUCAUGGCACAGUACGAGAUCCAGACCGAAUUCGAGGUUUGGUCCACCUUUGUGCUUAGCCACGGCCAUGCCCACAAGGAUUACAAACUCCACGAAGAGCUGGGUAGAAUUGUACACACCCUUCGCAGCGGUUUCCGCCAGCAAUGCUAUGAUAAAGUGGGAGCACGAAAGUUUGAGGCUCUUGCUCCCUUGGUGGUCGCCAUGUACCGCGUCACGCAGGAGGAAAUGGAGGCCACACUUGCGCCGCGCCGUCCUGAGCUACUCGUGGACAUCGAACCUCUGGAUGACAAUCUUGAUACAAGUGCAGAAACCCUACCACUUAUCAGCUUUCCUUGGAUUUUCUCUGACUACCUCGGAAAAAUUGCCUUGGGUCGAUUUGAGAUACCGGAUUCCGAGAAAAACACAGAUAGCCGGCCUCCCAUCGACGAGCCUACCAUCCAAGUGGUGGACAUGCUGCGUGAUCUUGAGAUGGACGAGAAGAUUAAUCCGUCUUUGGUUGAGAAGCAUGUUCCGUUAGAUGAUGCUGGACUUGAGACCGGGAAAGACACAUUCGAGGACGCGCAUGAAGGUGGAGUGUCUUUGGGCAAUGACUAUCAAGACAGCGACGAGGUUGUGGACAUUGUGGAGGAGGAGGGCGAUGUCAAGUCCUGGGUGAUGGACAAGCUGCGCCGUCUUGGGGGAAGUUGA